AUGGAUUUCAUCUCAUGCUUGGAUGAUUGUGGAUUAGUUGAUGCAGGAUACAGUGGAAACACUUUCACUUGGACUAAUGGAAGGAAAAGAGGCAACAUGAUCUGUAAAAGACUUGACAGAGUUCUAUACAAUGAGGAGUGGAAUGACAAUAUGGGGGAUAGCAUGGUUAAGCACAUGGCAAGGACAGGUUCAGAUCAUAAUCUUAUUAUAUUUAACUGCAAAGAAGUUACUAAUAAUUUUAACUCAUGGAUAGAAGAAGUACAGGGCAAUGCAAUGUGGAUUCUGCAAAAAAAACUGAAAAAACUCUCCAAAGUCUUAACUCAUUGGUCCAAAGAAGUCAUUGGAAAUGUCUUUGAGAAAGUCAAGCAAUAUGAACAACUUAUUCUUGAACUUGAGCACAAGAUGGACAGUGAUGACUCUGAGAAAAACAGGCAGGAUCUUAACAGAGUUAAUGCUGAGUACAUUAGAUAG